AUGGAAGCAGGUGGAUGGAAAGAAGAGAAGGAAAGGGUGGUGGUAAAAGGAGGAGGUGUGGGUGGAUCCCUUGUUGCCAAAUCCCUCCAAUUCCAUACCGAUGUCACUCUUAUUGACCCUCAUUCAUAUGUGUACACCAUAGAUGAGGGAGUUUUAGUUAGAAAUAAAGCUAGAAAAACUCCUGUGAAUCCUUGCAUUGAGUUGGGACCAGAAUUUGAAAAGGUUAGUGACUUUCUAAGUCGAUUCAAGUCAGUUCCUAGCAUAGUUGAACUUGAUAGUUUGAGGGUAACUGGUGAUGUUUGGUUUGGAGCUGAUACAACUCUCAAGGUAUCAAAUGUGCUACUGCUAAAUUACUAUUACAGAUUCAUUGAGGUUUUUCUUGAUUCAUGUAUACCUGGUUUGGAGCUGAAGCUUUUCUAA